AUGACCAGUCAGGAAGCCGAGACAAGUUUCAAGAGAUUUAGCGCACUCGACACCCUGCUCUGGCCGGAGGCCAUCAACAACACAACUACCAGCUACAUCGCCAGGGGCGAAUUUGGGCUCACGAGCGGCCAAAGUAUCAACCUCAACUUUAUCCUGGAUGACGACAAAGGUCUCGAGGAUGUUAAGAUUAACAUGAGAGGUCUCGUGCGCUUCCUGAGCAGCAUGUCCAUACUCAAAGCCAACAUGUGGUCGACCAUCAAGAUCAUUAUAAAGGACAACAAAGGACACCAGAAAGCAUGCUCUGAAGUGCCAAUAAAGAAGCUAAGACAAGCCGUCUUCCUCUUCUUCACCGACCUCCUCCGCGACAGCAUCUAUGCUCGUGAGCGCCAACAGCACACGCCUAACAUGCGCAUCAACGGUUUCGGCGCCAUCCUCAAAUGCAUUGAGAAACCGCACGAGUUUCGUUGCACAAGAGCAACCCAAUGGAAGUCCGACAGCUGA